GGCAAUAAUGGUGCCACAAAGAUUGAAAUAAAUUUUUAUUUUUUUUUUUUAUUAUUUUUGCUCGUUUUGGAUUCUUGCCACUAGUUGCAUGUUUAUAAAAUUAAAAAAGAAAAAAAUUAAUUAAUUAAUCGAUGUGAUUUAUUUGGUGAUUGUGAAUCAUCGACAAUUGUCGAUUCAAUGAUUCAAAUUUUUGAUCAUCUUGAUGAACCAUUGGUAAUUGGUAAUCUCUCAUUUUCAAUUUUGACGACGACGACGAAAAAAAACCAAAAAAAAAUUCCCAACAAAAAUGUUUGCCAAAUUUUUAAAUUUUUCCAAAACAAAAAAAGUAAUACCCAUACAGGUGCAUACAAUGGAUGCACAAUUGGAAUUUGAAAUUGAUAGAAAUGCAACCGGUCGUGAUCUUUUUGAUCUUGUUACACGUGCCAUCGGUCUAAGAGAAGUCUGGUAUUUCGGGCUACAAUAUAUCGAUUCAAAAGGUUUUAUUAGUUGGCUUAAAAUGACCAAACGUAUCUGUGAUCAAGAUAUUGCCAUACAGAAACGAACACAACAACAGCAACAACAACAAUUGAAUAGUAAAAUGAAAAAAUGUUCAAUAAACGAUUCGGUAAUGUCAUUUUUAUUUUUGGCAAAAUUUUUUCCCGAAGAUGUUGCCGAAGAAUUAAUACAAGAAGUGACACAGCAUUUAUUUUUUCUACAAGUCAAACAAAGUAUUCUGAAUAUGGAUAUUCAUUGUCCAGCUGAAGUUAGUGUCCUAUUAGCAUCAUAUGCUGUACAGGCAAAAUAUGGUGAUUAUAAUGAAACAUUUAAUAAUAUGGAUAAAUUGGUGGAUGUCGAGGAAUUAUUACCACGUGGUGUAUUGGAACAAUAUCAAAUGACACCAAGAAUGUGGCAAGAUAAAAUUCGUAUAUGGUAUGAAGAUCAUAAAUGUAUGACACGUGAUGAAGCUGAAAUGGAAUAUUUGAAAAUUGCACAAGAUCUUGAAAUGUAUGGUGUGAAUUAUUUUCUUAUUAGUAAUAAAAAAGAAAGUGAACUAUGGCUCGGUGUGACGGCGCUUGGUUUGAAUAUCUACGAAAAGGAGAAUAAAUUAUCGCCAAGAAUCACAUUUUCAUGGAGUGAAAUACGUAACAUUAGUUAUGAUGAUAGAAAAUUCAUCAUCCGGCCAAUUGAAAAGAAUGCUUCGAGUUCUCAUUUUUAUUCAUCAAAAUCGCGAUUAAAUAAAUUGAUUUUAGAUUUAUGUAUCGGCAAUCAUGAUUUGUUUAUGCGGCGACGAAAACCUGAUUCAAUUGAAUUACAACAAAUGAAAGCACAAGCAAAAGAAGAAAAAAUACGUCGACAAUUGGAAAGAUCACGUUUCAUACGUGAAAAAGAACUACGACAAGAAGUGGAAAAAGAAAAAGCAACAUUAGAACAACGAUUGUUACAAUAUCAAGAAGAAGCACAUGGUGUACAGGAAGCAUUGAGAAGAAGUGAAGAAACUGCUGAAUUGUUAGCAGAAAAAGCACGUGUAGCCGAAGAGGAAGCAAUGUUAUUAUCACAAAAAGCAGCGGAAGCUGAAGCAGAAAUUCAACGUAUUAAAAUAACGGCAAUAAAAACGGAAGAAGAAAAACAUCUGAUACAAAGAAAAGCUGAUGAAGCUGAAUUAUUAGCCACCACAUUGGCCGAAGAGACCGAUAGACGUGUGAAAGAAACUGAACAAUUGAAAGAAGAACUUUAUAGUACAAAAUUAUCGACAAAACAAUUGUUGAUUUUGUUGAAUAAAUUUCAACAACAAAAUGAUAAUUUAAGUCAAAACAAUCUUGUUGCUUCCACCACAAAAACAACGACAACAAUGACACCACCACCACCACCUCCAACAACACCUGGUCCUCUUCUUGGUCAUCAUCAUUCUCAUCAUUUACAUACAACAACAACAUCACCACCACUACCAACACCACAACAACAACAACAAUCAAAUCUUCAUAAUAAUUCAUUAUCAUUGAUUCAUACGACAAACAAUGGCUGUGAUAUUCCAGGUAUAAUGAUUGGAUCAACUAGUCUAAAUGAAUUGAAUAAUGGUAAUGGUCAUCAUUGUAUUGGUAUCAAUUUAUCCAAUACAGAUUAUCAUAAUCAUCAUCAUCAUGGUGCGAAAAAAUCUUGGUGUUCAAUUGUCGGUGAUAAUUCUCAUCACAAUAAUGCAACAAGUCCACCACCAAUCAUUAUCGAUGUGACAUCAUUAAAAACAACAUCCCCAACAUCGGCCAAUACAUCACAAUUGACUGGUAAAAGUCCAUAUAUUGAUAGUGAUAAUAAUAUGGCUCAUAUUUAUGAAGAUCCAAAUGAUACCAUUAUGAAAUAUAAUAAUAAUAAUCAAUAUUUAGCCAAUCACCAUUCAUCAUUCAUGAAUAAUAAUAACGAAUGGUCAAUUGAAUCUGGUGAACAACAACACGAACAGAAUGAUGACAUUGAAUCACAUGAUUUUCAUCAAUUAACUGAUUUGGAUAUGGGAAAAAUUGAAUCCGAAGUGGAAAAAGAACGUAUUGAAUAUUUGAAAAAAUCUAAACAAUUACAAGAACAAUUAAAAGGUUUAAAAACCGAAAUACAAGUAUUGAAAGUGGAAGAACGUCUUACAUCAUUGGAUAAAAUUUACGAAGAGAAUGUUAAUCGUGGUGAAAGUAAAUAUUCAACAUUAAAACGAACAUUAUCCGGUACAACCAAAGCAAAGGUAGCAUUUUUUGAAGAUUUGUAAAUUUUUCGACCAUUUGACAAAAUCAAUCAAAUUGUAAUUAAUUAAUUUAUAUAAAAAAAAAUU